AUGGAGCGUGAGCUGGCUGUUGAAGUUGAAGCUGCGAUAAAGGCAUCUGGAGCAUCCACCUUUGAGGAAGCCCAAGAAAAAGCAAAACAAGAGUUUGAAGAAUUGUGUCAUGUCACCCUCAAUAUUGCUGUGACAGGGGGGACAGGGGCAGGAAAGUCCUCUUUUGUGAAUGCCAUCAGGGGUGUCAAAGAAGGUGAUGAAGAAAGAGCUGCCCCCACUGAUGUUGUGGAAUGCACCAAGACACCCACAAUGUACCCCCACCCAACCAUGCCCAACGUCAACAUAUGGGAUCUGCCGGGUAUAGGGACAGAGAAGUUCCAAACUAAGAAAUACAUAAAAGAUGUUAAUUUAGAUAAUUAUGACUUUUUCCUGAUACUCACAUGCACAAGACUAACAGAGCAUGACAUAAUGCUAGCUAAAGAAAUCAGAAAAAACAAAAAGAAUUUUUAUUUUGUCCGUACAAAAAUCGACCAGGAUGUGAAAUCAGAAAAGAGGAAGGGAAAGGCAGAAGAGCAAACACUAAGUGUCAUCCGACAAGACCUUAAAGAAAAACUCAACGACUUUCCUUCGGCUCAAAUCUUCCUUGUGUCAUCGUGGAAGCUGGAUAAGUUUGACUUCCAUGAGAUGAUGUGUGUGCUGGAGAAAGACCUUCCAGAGAAGAAGCAAGAUGCUCUAACUCUUAGUUUGCCUGUGUAUUCAAUUGAGAUUCUUAAGAAGAAGUACAAAGCAUUCAAGAGAGGUAUCUGGGCUCAGGCCUCUGCAUCUGGUGCUGUUGGAGCAGCCCCAUUGCCAGGUGUAUCAGCUGCAUUUGAUGUUACAACAAUCUCUGCUUUUCUCACCAAGGUCUACUAUUCAUUUGGUUUAGAUGAUACAUCCAUGAAGCAGCUUUCAGACAGAGUAGGCAAGCCAAUUCCUGCAGAUUUCAAGCAUUCAAAACUAGUGAAAGCAAUUGCCUCCAAAUCUGUGACUGCUCUGCAAGUUGAACUAACUGGCUUUAUAGUGGCAGAAGCAAUAGAAUCAGCCCUCAGAUUCAUACCAAUCGCUGGAAGUGUAGCUGGGGCAGGUAUGUCAUUCUGGAGCACAUACUUAGCACUCAGAAAGGGCUUGGAUGAGCUAUUUACGGUUUCCAAAAAGAUGCUUGAAAUGGCAAAAUUGAAGUAAUGAUACACAU